AUGAGCAACCUUACAGUUGAAAGCAUUCUCCAGGACGAGUUCGAAAACGAUCCAAACCUGCAGCCUAAACACAUACGCCACGACUGCGAAUGUAGAAUCGUCGAAGCACCCCUCGAUGCAAUCACCACGAUUGUCGACAGUGGAGGCGUCCCCAUCUUGAAUCUCGAGCCAAAUGGUACCGACAAGUUAGGACUUGUUGCGAAAGCAGUUGAUGGCACUACCAAAUAUGUGGCCGUUUGGAAUCGGCCUGACGACGAGUUUGCAUCUUCCAAGUACAACACGAUCACGACCUGUCAACUGAUUCGACUGGCCGAUCGGCUGGGGGCGCUGCAUAUGAGAGAGGGAGGUGUGGAGAUCUGCUUCUGGAUGCCAGCGCUGUGUCUUCCAUCAGACCUGGAGAAUGAGGUUACAGUCCCGCCAGAGGUCUACUCAAAUGUAUACGCUGUGCUCAUCAUGGACUCUGACUGGCUGUCGCAACUCAAUACUGAUGCAGACGAGGAGGCUGCUUACCAACACGUCCUCAAACUCAGAACGGAUUUUGCAGAACUGAAUCAGGCGAGCAGGCUGUUACUGAUUGGCCCUCUUGGUUUCCACAUCGAGGUGGAUAUCAAGGACGCAACCGACAACACCUCAUCCCAGAAGGAAUGA